UCAAAAGGAUUAACUUCAACAAACACCAAAACGAAUCCCAAGGCGAAGUGUAGGCCAUGACACGCGCAACCGAGGCCGCAACUUUCUUUGGCAUCACCGCCACGAUAUACCUGGCCCUGCUUUUCCAGUGGCUCCCCAUCACUCUGCCUCAGACUGUCCAGGAAUUCACACUCCCUGUUCUUCCUUGGUGGGCAUUGGUUACUUUUGGCGCCUACAGUCUCGGAAAUAUUGGCUAUCAUGUCCUGACCUUCCGCGAUUGUCCAGAGGCAUUCGAUGAGCUCCAGAUUCAAAUCGCGCAAGCCCAGAGUGAUUUGAGAAGCAAGGGAGUCAGGAUCUAGGGUUAUGGGAGAAUAUAGGCGACCCUUAUCCCACAGGAAGUUUACAGUUGCCACACUGAUAUUGAAAUCCUUCAGCCUACCCACCGUUAGCAUUCCUCCUCAAUAAAACGUGCUGUCAUUGAAAAUCAG